AUGCAAAAGUGCUAUUGCGGCCAAAGUAGCAGAAACAGCAGUUCAGGCAUCCUGAGAUCAACGCUCACUAAUCGCCAGCAGCAGCAACAAAGACGUGGCAGCAGCUCCACACUGACGUCAUCACAGCAGAGCGCGCGUUCCACACAGUUCAUUAAGUUGCCCAAAAGCACGAAACGUGGCAGUGCUGUGGACCUGGGCUUGGGUCACUCCCAAAGUCAGCUGGGGAACAAUUUUUGUCGACGCAGCUCAACAGCUACAACAGUCAGCCAUUGCUCCAGCUGUUGCAGCUCCUGUAGCACAGCACAACAACAAAAGCAACGCCAGCAACAACAACAGCAGAGUCGUGUCAAGGUCUUGCGAUGGGGCAGUGAGCGGAUGGGCCUCGAAGGCAGCGACAGCGGCAAUGGCUGCGAACAUACGGAUAAUCGUCGGCUCUAUGAGCAACGCGCCUGCGCCGCAAUGUCAAGUGAAGGUCAACGUCUGAGUCACGGCCAGGGUCAAGGCAAAGGUCUUGCUGGGGCAUCAACCAUGUUGGCCGCGGAAUUGGGCAGAGACGAGCUGCAACGUCUGCUGGCAUUGCAACAAUUUCGAUUGCUUAAUGCCACAGAAUGUUUUAGUGUCGAGCGGCAAGAUGAGUUGCGAUUGCAAGGAGCCUACGAUAGAAUUGGCACAAGGACUAACGACACGGAAUUACAGUCCAACAAAUGGUUGAAGAAUAAAGCGAAUGAGAGCAGGCUGCAAUCCACAAAAUCAAAUACAAAAACAACACCGUACGCACUCCGUCAGAAAAUGUUGCAAUUGAGAUUGCAGGAAGAACAGAAGUUGUAUAGAGAUGGAGUCUCCCAUUGCGCACCAUUGGAUAAAAGCUGCGCCCUGAGAUUUAACUGCAAGUAA